UACAACGCUAGCUAGCUAUUAGCCGCUGCUCGAUUCUCUUGCUCAAAUGCUCAAUAUAAGGAGGUGGUCACUGAUUGAUCUCAUCUGAGGCAGCUUCGCCAUAUCAUUUGGAUCCUUGCACUGAUCCACCGCGCGCCGCCUCUCGACUCUUCCUGAAUGCAUGCAUCUUAAAUAUCACAUUUAAUUUACCGGCCGGUUUAACAGUUUUCCUGUUCUGUAAUAAUACAAAACUCUUGGGGAAAGUUAGGAAACAAUAAGAAGUAUAUUUGUACGUUAUCGUCAUCCAAUUAAACACUGCCAUAUAAACUCUUGUUUUCAUGAUCUGAGCUGUAUUUCUAAGGAUAUACACUAAAUUAACGGCCAGGAUGAGUCGGCACCACCUUGUCCUCGCACUCUUUGCUCUCCUCCUUCCUCUGGUCAAGGCCUUCGCAGACAGCGAGGUCAUUGUAGUCGGUGGUUGGAGACCCAUUGAGAACAUCGGUGAUCCCCAUGUGAAGGAGAUUGCAGAGUUCGCCGUGUCGGAGUACAACCAAUCCCAGAAGAAGAACUUGGUGUUUCAGAGCGUGGUCCGGGGAGAGACUCAGGUCGUAGCAGGCAUCAAGUAUCGGCUCGUCAUAUCUGUCAAGGAAGAUGAUUCCUUCGAGAAUUAUGAGGCUGUUGUAUGGGAGAAGAGAUGGAUGAAGUUUAGGAAAUUGAUCUCUUUUGAUGAUGUGAAUAAUUAAUAGUGCUGGCGUUUUUUCUUUUUCUUUUUGUUGUUGUUGUUGUUGUUUAUAAAAGGUCAAAUUCUAUUGCUUUCA